AUGCCUCCAGAAGAAGGCCAAAAAGCUACACCUGCAAAAAGGGCCAUCAAAAAGAUCCGAACCGCCAGCCUAGUAAUCAGCUUGGCACGAGGCUGGCAACAGUGGGCAAGCGACCACAACACAAAGCAAGCCCAAGAGCCCUCAGGAUGGAUGCCCAAUGCAGAAGAACCACCAGCUGAGCCACCGAAAGAAAGGCUAUUAUCAAGAUGGCCAGUUUCCACUAAGAGCGACCAAGAAAAGGGCGAGGAAAAAUCCUCAGGGAAGGAGGUAGUGGCUAACGGGGAUGUAGAAAAAGAUUCAAGUGAAUCUGAUGAAGCUCUCAGAAAGUUUAACAUUAAAAGCAAAGAAGUGACCAAAACCGUUGUAAGUAAAGUCUAUGAAAGAGGAAAUGACAUUAGCCUCCUCAGUGAUAGAUAUGAGAAGGAUAAUGGGAGCCCAGAGAUCUGCAGGUGCAAGGAGGAGUCAAGUAAUUUUGACAAAAUCCUUGGUGACAAAAUGUCUCCUACAAGGCGGAGGAAGUGCUCAAAUCUGGUGACAGAGCUAACCAAGGGUUGGAAACAGAUGGAACAAGAGGAUAAAGUCCCAGAGUUGGAGCUACAUAAAUGUCGCAGUGACAGCAUGGAUACGGAGGACAGUGGUUAUGGGGGCGAGGCAGAAGACAGACUCCAGCAAGUAGACGCUGACCACAUUACGAGGAUUAAACGACCCAUGCCAUCACUUGCAAGCAGGUUUACAGAAGAACUAAGCAGCAAGGCCCACAGGAAAUACAGUCCUGUUAAUGCUCUGAAGGGCAGAUGGCAAGAAUGGGCAGACCAGCAUGUGAUAACGCAGAAGCUGAAUCCUUUCAGUGAGGAAUUUGACUACCAACUGGCCCAGUCGACACGCCUGCACAAAGGAGAUAAGGGCUAUGGUCGUCCUAAAGAGGGAACAAAAACUGCUGAAAGGGCCAAGAGAGCGGAGACUCACAUUCACCGGGAGAUAAGAGAUAUGUGCUUUAUCAUUGCAACAAUGGCUCGGCUGAGGCGCGAUGGCAAGAUCCAAGUCACCUUUGGGGAACUCUUUGACAGAUAUGUCCGUAUUUCAGACAAGGUUGUUGGGAUUCUCAUGAGAGCUAGGAAACAUGGGCUGGUGGACUUUGAGGGAGAAAUGCUAUGGCAAGGCAGGGAUGAUCAUGUCAUAAUCACUUUAUUGAAAUAAAUGUACAACAACCCAUUAUGGCAAACUUAAAAUACAUCAAAUUUUUCCAUUGCUGCCAGUGACCGCACCAUUAAAUAGUCAACGUUUUGAAUAUAGGAAUUUACCACGCAGUCGGAAAGAUACUUAACAUUAGUUCGAGGGAGUCAGAUGUUUUAUAAUUACUCCUGUGAUACCAAGCAUCCUUUUGCUAUUCCCUUUGUAUUGUGCCCUCUACCAACAGAGUUUGCAGCAUUAUAAAGUUAUUUACCACUCAGACAAGGAUGGAUGUGGAAGAACUGAAGUGAAUAUAUGUAUUGCAUGCACCAAAAUAAAUGUAAAAGCAUAAUGGCAGCAGAGACAGCUCCACCUCAAUCCCAACCCUGAGUUGCUUUCACGUACACGACUUCCCCCACCCUAAAUUAACUUAGAUGCAAUUUUUGGAGUUAUAAAAUGGGUUGGAUCAGGAACCAACUGAGAAUAUGAACUUGAAUGCGCAAUCUAUUAAAUUGACCCUUCAGUCCUGUCCUACUUUCAUAAUUGAGUCACUAACAAUCU